AGAUAGUGCCAUUUCAUGUGGUCAUACAUGAAGUAACGACCUGGUUGUUUACUCCGAUUUCUUCUUUGCUUUUCUUCCGAUUUCUUGACGUUUUUACCUACAAUUUAUCAUAUAUGGAUGACUUUCCCGCUAAGAGGGAAAAUAACUGGUGAUCAACAAUUGGUUGAAUGGACAAACAUUCUGAGUAAAAUUAAACUACGAUCAGAUAACCAGAAUAAAGUUAAAAAACCAGAGAUAACACAACAAGCAACAACUAAAGAAAAGAAAAUGUCAGAGGAGAUACGCCAGGGAAGAAGAGCAGGAACCAAUACAGCUAAUCUUGAUGAUGAUGAACUAUUGGACAGCCUUGUGUCUGGGAGUGGUUCAGGUCCCACACCGCCAGAUGACAUGCCUCCCAGGCCAUCAAGAAUACAAGGAGGAUGGGCAAGUGAGACGACUAAAGAGAAAAAGAAAAUUACUGGGCAAGACGUAGAAGCAUUUGAAGACGAUGAGAGGUUUCGAAUGGAUAACACAGUUUCCAAAGAUGAUGAUAAUGAUAUUCUUGUCAUCCCUGAUCUUGAAGAAGUGCAAGAAGAAGACAUGGCUACACAAAUCGCUGCUCCUCCAAGCGUGCAGGUUAACAGAGUCGCUACAUACAAAGAGCUYGACAACUACCUACAAAAACAUGCAGCUCUAUUUACACUGGAUGGAGAAAUUGACUUGAAGCUGCUUAACAACGUUCUCUCACCAGAAUCUGAAGUCUUCGAGGAGGACAAAGCCUGGGACUGGAACCGCUUGUUCACAGAAGUUGCAUCAGAACUUCAAACUGAAUGGGACAAGGCAGACGAAGCAAAACCGGAAUCGACAGCGUAAACCGAACCCGACCAUAAAACCACGAACGAUGUUAUUUAUUGAAUCCUAUGCAUGUAUAUAUGUAUAUCACUAACGCAGUUUUAAGAUACUUUAACACCUAAAGACUGGUUUAYUGAAUCUGUUAUUUGAUUGGUUAAAAAUAUAAUGACAUUAUAUUGUUUUUA